CUAUGAACAUUACAUGUACAAAUUCAACAGUGGAACUCUUCACAAUGUGUUAAGCUACAACGUGCCUGUUUCCAUGCAGCAGUAAAUACGUGUGUGUUUGGAGAGGCAGACAAAAAAGUAUUCAGAAUAGUUCACCGUGCAGACUUACAGUUCUAGGUGUUCGGGGUGAGGAAAUAUACUUGCCUUAGUUGCCUACUACUAGAUUUAUAUUCUGUGCAACAGUAAAACAAGACACAUGUGCACCACUUUACACCGGAACAUAGCUGAGCUGAGCAUAUUAAAAAUAAUACCAAGCCAACAAACAUUUGUAAAACAGCACUACCGUAGUGCGCCCUUAUUCUUAACUUUAUGGUAACAGCAAUGGCUUCCAGAAGUUGGAGGCUGCUCCAUAAAAAGACUGAGUGAUCACGUGAUAUUUUUCUGUACACCCCUAAGUACCACUCAAACAUCAACUGCUAAUAAUUCAACUGCGUGCCAUUUCUUUCUAAAAUAAUGUUGUUUUCAACAAAAAAUUGGAUGAUGUGUGCAGUGUGAAAUGUCCUGUUAAACGACUUUGGAGAUGUACAACAACUACAUCCGUGUUUAAAAAUCCUAAAAGAUCACAGCAGUAGUGAAAGGUGCACUAUGGGACGCCUCGACGGGAAAGUAAUUGUGUUGUCGGCUGCUGCGCAGGGGAUUGGACGUGCUGCAGCAAUAGCAUUUGCAAAGGAGGGAGCUCAAGUCACAGCGACAGACAUCAAUGGAGAGAAGCUAAAAGAGCUGGACAGCAUUCCAGGGAUUAAGACCAAGGUUGUGGAUGUAACUAAGAAGGACCAAGUCGAAGCCCUGGCCAAGGAACAUGAUCAUGUGGAUGUGCUGUUCAAUGUCGCUGGGUUUGUGCACCAUGGCUCCGUCUUGGACUGCGAAGAGGCCGACUGGGACUUCACAAUGAACGUGAACAUCCGGAGCAUGUUCCUCAUGAGCAAGGCCUUCCUACCUAAGAUGUUGUCAAAGAAGUCAGGAAACAUUAUUAACAUGGCAUCUGUUGCAUCGAGCAUUAAAGGUGUUGUGAACCGGUGUGCCUAUAGUACCUCCAAGGCUGCAGUGAUUGGGUUCACCAAAUCUAUAGCGGCUGAUUUUAUUGAGCAAGGCAUUCGCUGUAACUGUGUUUGUCCUGGAACUGUUGAUACUCCAUCAUUGAGGGGUAGGAUCGAGGCCCAACCUGACCCAGAACAGGCUUAUAAGGAUUUCAUGGCAAGACAGAAAACUGGCAGAAUGUGCACAGCUGAAGAGGUGGCUCACCUGUGUGUAUACCUGGCCUCAGAUGAGUCUACCUAUGUGACUGGAACGGAGCAAAUCAUCGAUGGAGGAUGGAGACUCUAAGCAAACUGUUGCAAGCACAUUAUGACAGUAGUGGAGACUUAAUAUUCUUAUUUGAAGCCCAAAUAAAACGCACUAAAUCUGAGUUAAAUCAUUUAUAUGAUUUUGCUUAUUGUUUACUUUUUCUGUGACAUGCCCUAUUUUCCAAAUCAAAUGUUAUAUGCUGCAAAUGUGUGCAAUGCCAACAUAGUGAUGUUGAUUGACAUUGUAAUAAAUUGGUUUUAUCACAGCUAAAGUGUAAUGGUGUAACUAAUCACCUUAUUAUACAUGCAUUAAUUGUGAAGUAUUUGACAAACCAAUCGUUAAAAGUUUCAUUUGAAUACUAAUGAAAUAUGUUCAAACAUCUAUUAAAAGUCUUGACCAAUA